AUGUCAGAAGAUAUGUUACAUGAAAGUCGUGUCAGUUCCAGAAAUCACGAUAUUGAGAUGAAUGAGGAGAUACAUAAUCGUGCUUUACUCUUGAUCGAAGAUAUGUGUUACCUCAUGUGCGGUAAUUUAUUAAUCAGGUUAGGAAUGCCAGCGCCAAAUCGUGAAAUGAAUGACGCAUUUAAUCGAGAAUUGGAACGGGAACGUGAAUAUGAUCACCAGGAAUUAGAUUUAGUAGUUCAAAGGAAUGUACCCCUGUUGAAUUACCAACAAAAGAAAGUUUAUGAUACUUUAAUGAAGGCAAUCGCUGAUGAAAAUGGUGGUUUAUAUUUCCUAGAUGCCCCUGGUGGAACUGGCAAGACAUUCCUUAUGUCAUUAGUUUUAGCAACUGUUCGGGCGAGAUCCAACAUAGCGGUUGCAGUUGCUUCUUCUGGAAUAGCAGCCACAUUGUUAGAAGGAUGCCGUACGGCUCAUUCAGCAUUCAAAUUACCGUUAAAUCUUCAAACUAUUGAAGAACCAAUGUGUAAUAUGGCAAAACACUCAGCAAUGGCCAAAGUUUUAGCGACAUCGAAAAUCAUCGUCUGGGACGAAUGCACAAUGGCGCAUAAACGUGCAUUAGAAGCACUUAACCGAACAUUAAAAGAUUUACGCAAUGACUCGCGAUGUUUUGGAGGAGCAAUGAUUUUACUGUCUGGCGAUUUCCGCCAAAUACUGCCACUAAUUCCAAGAUCUACGGCUGCCGACGAAAUAAACGCUUGCCUCAAAUCGUCAAAUCUAUGGCGCUAUGUGAAGAAACUGCAGCUGACAACAAACAUGAGAGUUACAUUGCUUAAUGAUACAUCUGCUGAAGAUUUCUCGGAGCAAUUGCUGACUAUCGGUAAUGGUCAAGUACCUGUCGAUGAAUCGAGCGGAUUAAUAUCAUUUCCAAAUAAUUUCUGUAAUUUUGUCUCAUCAAAAGACGAACUUAUCAACAAUGUAUUUCCAAAUAUUAUUUCUAACUACAAAAAUAAUGAAUGGUUGAGUGAGCGAGCAAUUUUAGCGGCUAAGAAUAAAGAUGUAGAUGACCUGAACUACAUAAUUCAAAAUAAGAUCAUUGGAACAAUGCAAUCAUUCAAAUCUAUUGACUGCGUCACAAAUGAAGAUGAAGCCACCAACUAUCCAAUUGAAUUUUUAAACUCUUUGGACGUGCCUGGCUUACCACCGCACAAUUUACGCCUAAAGGUUGGCUCCGUAGUAAUCAUGCUUCGAAACAUAAACCAACCAAAACUGUGCAACGGUACGCGUUUGGUGGUAAUACAAGAGAUAAAAAACUAUUCCAUCAAUACAUUGUGGAUAUGUAUGCUAACACCGAAAGCGAACGCUUGCGAUUCAUUCGAUACAACCAGCAGAAAUUACGAUCAGAAGAAUAUAUUCACUUACGAGAUGCUAUUGUCGGAAACAUCGAUGGAAAUUUAA